GCCCCGCCUGGGAGGUCGAGCCCGGCCGGCGCUGAGGACCCGGCGCCUGCCUGGGGUCUCUGGAGUUCUGGGGGGAAGGGAGUUGUCAAACGGAGGCCGAGGGAGCUGAGGCGGAGGCCGCCGAGAAGCGGGGAGCCCCGCCCCUCCGCCAUAGCGGCCUCCCGGUGCCGCCUCUUCCUUUCCAGCCUCCCGCCCUCCCCUGCCUUCCGGUCUUGGGGCCCGGCCGGGCCUCGCCGGCCCCUCGGGGUAGCCCCUGGGCUGUGGAGGAGAUGCCGGAUCCCCGCUUGGGACUGUGUCCGGAAGGAGCGGGCUAGAGCGCCUUCGGACCCGGCUGGGCUCGCAGAAUGCGGCCUCUGGCCCUGAGGACCCUGGGUCAGAGCGACUUCCCCACCCCACAGAGGGUGUUAAUCUGACCCGCAGGGACCAGGGCUCCCAUUCAACAGGCUUCCUGUGUCCUCAGAUAGGGCCCUCCCUGCCCUAAGCAUCCCCAGCAAGAGCAUGCCCCGUCGUUGGACCAGUACCGGCUGACCUGGGUUGUAGUCCUGGCUCUGCCCCGGGCUACCAGUCUCCUGUGGUCGCUGGGGCUAGAGCUUGACUCUGGAGAGAGGAAAGGAAGAGUGGAAGCCUGGUGAAGAGGCAGAGUUUAGAGACCUGAGGGAACUCAGCCCUAGCAGUGACACCACUGAACUCCUGGUGGUCAGAGGAUGUGGCCCCUGGACCCAUCCCAGAAAGAGGUGCUGAGGUUUGCGAUCAGCUGCCGUGUCCUCACUCUGGUGCUGCAGGCUCUCUUCAAUGCCAUCAUCCCAGAUCACCAUGCAGAAGCCUUCUCUCCUCCUCGCCUCGCCCCCUCAGGCUCUGUGGACCAACUAGUGGAAGGUCUUCUGGGUGGCCUGUCGCACUGGGAUGCUGAACACUUCCUGUUCAUUGCUGAACAUGGCUACUUGUAUGAGCACAACUUUGCUUUCUUCCCUGGUUUCCCCCUGGCCCUGUUGGUGGGGACUGAACUGCUGAGACCUCUGCAGGGGUUACUGAGCCUACGGAGUUGCCUCUUAAUCUCAGUAGCAUUGCUCAAUUCCUUGUUCUCCGUGCUGGCUGCAGUCGCACUGCAUGACCUGGGCUGUCUGGUUUUGCACUGUCCUCGCCAGGCCUUCUACGGAGCGCUUCUCUUCUGCCUCAGCCCCGCCAAUGUCUUCCUGGCGGCUGGUUAUUCAGAAGCUUUGUUUGCCCUCCUCACAUUCAGUGCCAUGGGACAGCUGGAAAGGGGCCGAAGCUGCACUAGUGGACUCCUCUUUGCCCUUACCACUGCUGUACGCUCCAACGGACUGGUCAACAUUGGCUUCCUCGUCCAUUCUCAGUGCCGGGGCUUUUUCUCUUCUCUCAUGGUACUGAAUCCUCUGAGACAGUUCUUGAAGCUAAUGGGCUCUGUGUUCCUUUCAGUGCUUGCACUUGGCCUUCCCUUUGCCCUCUUUCAGUAUUACGCCUAUACCCAGUUCUGUCUGCCAGGCUCAGCCCACCCCAUCCCUAAGCCCCUGCUGCAGUUAGCUGUGGACAAGGGCUACCGGACCGUGGGGACUGUGGAGGGAAAAGAGCCACCUUGGUGCUCCUGGAGUCUUCCCCUAAUAUACAGCUACAUCCAGGAUAUCUACUGGAAUGUUGGUUUUUUGAGAUACUAUGAACUCAAGCAGCUGCCCAAUUUUCUCCUGGCUACACCAGUGGCUAUAUUGGUUGCCUGGGCUACUUGGACAUAUGUGACAACUUACCCUUGGCUCUGCCUUACACUUGGGUUGCAAAGGAGCAAGAACAAUAAGACCCUAGAGAAGCCUGAUCCUGGAUUCUUCAGUCCUCGGGUGUUCGUGUACCUGGUCCAUGCUGCAGCACUGCUGCUGUUUGGCAGUCUGUGCAUGCAUGUUCAGGUUCUCACCAGGUUUUUGGGCUCUUCCACUCCUAUUGUGUACUGGUUUCCAGCUCACUUGCUCCAGGAUCAAGAGCCGCUGCUGAGAUCCCUAGAGACUGUACCGUGGAAGCCUCAUGCAGGGGACCCCCCACCAGGACAAAAGGUCCCCAGAAAUUCUAUUAUGGGACUUUUGUGCAACUGGAAAACCUGUUCUCUACUCACACGAUGCAUUCUAGGCUACUUCCUGACUUAUUGGCUCCUGGGACUACUCCUACACUGCAACUUCCUGCCUUGGACAUGACCUGGAGUCUCAUGGGAUAGCUUGAACCAGGCUUAAGCAGAGGUCUGAAAGUGCAAAUACCCACUGGGACUGCCUGCGCUGCCCUGGUAUCCUUACUCUGUCCGUUAGAACCUCUCUCUCUCUCUUUGGAGCUUGGUUAGGAAUGGGAGAAGUGUGAGCCACUAGAGAGCCCUUUCUGGUCCUGGCUGUGGCAAAUUUUAGGGUAGUAACUAUUUUCUCUGUAAGUGAAGAAAUCUUAUUCCAAGUCUAAAGUACACCUGGAGCUGUCUUGUCAACCAAGCAUAGCAGAAAUAGUCUUAAACUUACCCCUGACCCACAUGUAAAUUUAAAUGUAAAUUAUUUAAGUGGAAAUUUCAUGAAAGGCUCUAGCUGACAGGCUGGUCCUAGUCCACACUCAAUGUCAGAGGCCUGAGCAGUGCGGCAGCAGCACUAAGUACCCUCGUUUCUAAAGGGGACAUUUCUGAAGAUUUUUUUCAUAAUUUGUUCAUUUGUUUAUAUGAAAAAUCUUACAAAGGUAUGCAAAUUAAACAACUUUAGGUUGGACAUGCAAUGAAUUACCUUUUUAAAAAUAAUACAAAUUGCUUGUGUGGAAAAAGUCAUGAUAAGAAGAACAUUGCAGGAGGAGGCAGGAAACCUGGAUUCUAGUCCUCUUGGUAAAACCCUGCUUACCAGCUGUGUGACUUAGGAGAGCUUUCAGAGCCUUCGUUACCUCUUCUGAAACUAGGGGAAAUGAUAUUUUUCCACUGGGAAGUGGGGAGGUGAACCAUAUAAUCUCUUGUUGGUCCUUCCCUGCUCUAAGAUCUUAAGAGCUGCCUUAAACAAUAGAAUCAUCCCAGUCUAAACACUUAUGUAGAGGCUCAAACACGUGAUUUUAGGAGAAACUAUCCAGUUCCCCUGCUUUCAGCACUGAGAAAACUCACUCCCUCCUCAGGUGCAACUCUGAGGAGUAACUUCAGUGACUUUUCCUUUGAAUGAGGGAAAGCAGUGACACCUGGCAAAUAAGGCUCCUUGUCCUGCAUAAGUAAACCUGUGCUGGGCAGCUAAAUGGUCAUAGCAGGGAUUGGGUUUCCUGCUGUGCCCUGGUAUCUGUGCUUGCUGAAUUGGUACACAUGGGUCAGAGGAGCCAACCUGGCAGCAUGAAUUGAUAAAUUGUAGAUAAGUCCAGUGUUGAAUGAAAUGGUAUCUUCCUGGCCCCCAUUUGGUUAUGAGCCCAUCACUGUAAAGGGAGUAAGAUCAUUCAGCUAUUUUUGCUCAUUCUUUGAGCCAGGUCAGAGGUUCUGCAUCAUUGCCACUCAUUCCCCAUUUGAGCCAAAAAUUCCAAGAAGCAGAAACUUCAAAAUAGAUGGGUCAUCAUAAGCAGCGUCUGGAGAGCCCUGAGAAUGGGAAUUUUGACACGCUCCCUCUGACCAUGACAGAAAGCUACACUUGCCAGCUGAAGGGAAGCUCCUGGCUGAGCCCCAGCACCCUCUGUUGGAGCCUCUAGUCAGUCUGGCCAGUAAGCAUUUCCCAUCCAUCGUCCCAGCUUUAGCACAGCUGAGAGAAUUUGAUCCAGAGUCAAAUGCUUCUGAAAAUGUACACACAGAUCAGGGCAGCCCUCUGCCUUCUGCCAAGACACCCGAGUGCCCUUCUUGGCAAAAGAUAAUCACCCCUGCCCUAGUGUCCCUCCAGUUGGCAGAAACUGUCCCCUCCCUCCUCACCAACAGCUGCAAAUCCAGGGACUUCCACCUCGUGUGCAGGAAGAGUUGAGGUCCUGUUUCAGCUCUUUAUUGCAGAGGCAGGAGCCCUAGUUCUUUGCUCUCAUGGCUUCUCUUUGCCUCUUUUUGGGGAAUAAUCAGGAUUGAUUGUUCCCCUACUGGAGGAGGUGACUCAGACUCCACAGGGGAUUUCACUGCUCUGGCCAUCUUAGCUUAACCUUCACACUAGAUCUCAUCACCCCCAGAAACAAGUGAUUUCAAGGACCAGAAACCCUAUAAAUGGGAAUCCCAUCCUUUCACUUAAUACCAAGGAACUAAAUCACUCUGGUAUUCUGCAAAGACUAUUCUGGUUACAGUCGAUCAUAGAGGAGGUAACAGAGGACCCCAGCUAGUGGACAGAACUAGUGUAACCCAGAGAUGGACACAGUUCUCUCUCUGACCUUGGGGAGCUAGUUGCUCUUCUCUAAGGAGCUAAGGAAUGGGCUGAUUUUAUGGCCAGCAGCUGUCCUUUUACCAUCCUAUUAAGAGUCUUUAAUAGUCUGGGAGAGGACAUGAAGGGCCCAAGGCAGGAAGCUUCCUGUUUACCCUGAGGUCUAACAAUGCUGCAGCUGGGUUGGGCGUCUACAAUUUCAGAGAAAAGUCAUUUCCUUCUAAGACCCAGCUAAAAACAGAAACCAGACGCUUCGUAUACCUAGAAGUAGACGCUUUCUUGUUCUUUAAUGAAGGCGGGAGGAGAGGGAGUAUUUGACAUGUCUUUACCAGUCCCCCUGGAAAAAAAAUCACUUCUUUUCUUGAACAGACCCUCUCACCUUCAUCUAAAAAUGUAGUGCCGGCUCCAGGGAUUUGAAAUUGAUUGAUUCUUUCAGUAAUUGUUUAUUAAUGCCUACUGUAGGGGCCUAAAGAUGACUCCCUGUGCCUCCUAUUCUCAAAUAACUAAUAGAGUUGCUAGCAGAAACAGAAACAUUAAUCAAGAUAGAAACUGAUAAAUUCUGGGGAAUGAAGGGAUAUUUAAACUCCAGGCUCUCUAUCUCUCUGCUUGGACUUAUUAUGAUGAGGAUGAAUUAAAGUUGUAUGUUUAGGAAAAGGUAAGUGAGGUACAUAGUAAGUACUCUGUAAAUUCGCACGAGGUGGAGAUCCCUUCCAGUGUGGAAUACCUGAAAAGACUUCAUGGGGAAAUGGCCUUUGAAGGACAGACAGGUAGGAUUUGAAAGUUAAGAGCAGAGAAUCAGUAUAGGAAGCAGCAAAUGGAAGAGCAAAAGGAGAGCACAGUUUGAGUAGAACUGGGGAAUUGUCGUUAUUGAGAUCUAGGUCUUGAAAUAAUCCCAAGUCCAGCUCUACUGUGUGCUAUCUGUGCAGAUGUGAGCUAGAUACUGAAUCUCUAAGCCUCAGUUUACUUAUCUGUAAAAUGUAGAUGACAUUACCUACCCAUAGAUAUGAAUAACAUUGUCUAUCUCAUAGAGUUGUUGCGGGAAUUAAAUGAAAAGUGGUUAGAACAGUACUAACAAGGGAAGAGCUGCGUUUUAGACAUGUUGAGUUUACGAUGCCAUCAGCACGUUCACAUGCCAGGAAAUACGGAACUGGAGACAAGGAGAGAGGUCAGGGAGCCAUCCACACGGACAGGAUAAUGAUAGCAGCUGCGAUAUCAGAUAGGAUUGUCCAAAGGAACAGUGUGGAGAGAGAACGAGGGCCUGUCAGACCUUGGACAAGUGACUCAACUUCUCUAAACCUGUUUUCUCCUCUCUAAAAUGGGAGUGAUAGCAUCUACCACACAGAGUAGCUAUGAGCAUGAAACGAGACGCUAGAUAAAGCACCAGCACGGCACCUGGCACAGAGUAAGAACUUCAGGAAUGGGAGCUAUGUUAUUAUCAUUAUCAUGAUCGUUAUCAUUAAAGGAUUAGAGGGGCUGGCCCGGUGGCCCAGCGGUUAAGCGCGCACAUCCUGCUUCUCAGCGGCCCGGGGGGUUCGC